GCGGCCCCAGGGUGGCAGGGACCGCUGAGUAGCGGCCAUGGAGGGUAUGGACGUAGACCUGGACGCGGAGCUGAUGCAGAAGUUCAGCUGCUUGGGCACCACCGACAAGGACGUGCUGAUCGGCGAGUUCCAGCGGCUCCUCGGCUUCCAGCUCAGCCCCGCCGGCUGCGCCUUCUUCCUCGACAUGACCAACUGGAAUCUCCAGGCUGCCAUCGGGGCCUACUAUGACUUUGAGAGCCCAAAUAUCAACGUCCCCUCCAUGUCCUUUGUUGAAGAUGUCACCAUAGGUGAAGGAGAGUCCAUCCCUCCUGACACCCAGUUUACAAAAACAUGGAGGAUACAAAACACAGGGACAGAGGCGUGGCCCCCAGGGGUCUGUCUGAAGUAUGUUGGGGGAGACCAGUUUGGCCAUGUGAACAUGGUGAUGGUCAGGUCCCUGGAGCCUCAGGAGAUGGCAGAUGUCAGUGUCCAGAUGUGCAGCCCCAGCACGGCAGGGAUGUACCAGGGACAGUGGCGGAUGUGCACUGCCACCGGACUCUACUAUGGAGAUGUCAUCUGGGUGAUCCUCAGUGUGGAAGCUGGAGGACUUCUGGGUGUAACACAGCAGCUGUCAUCCUUUGAAACAGAGUUCAACACACAGCCUCACCGCAAGGUAGAAGGAAACUUUAACCCCUUCGCCUCCCCACAGAAGAACAGGCAACCAGAUGAAAACAACCUAAAAGACCCAGGGGGUUCUGAGCUAGGCACAAUCAGCAAAAACACAUGGGGGCCUGCUCCUGACCAAAUCGAACAAGACCAGAAUGGACUCUCACAAAACUCUGUAAACCUCUCCCCCAGCAGUCACUCGAACAACUUGUCGGUAGUGACGUACAGUAAGGGUUUCCACGGUCCUUACCCCUUCGGACAGUCUUAAAACACAAACACACAAAACGGGUAUCGGCAAGAGGAAGCUGUGU